AGAUGACUGACGACAUACCACGUCCAAGGACUCGGGAUACGCGGUAGACAGACAGAUGGGGACGACGGAUUAAGCCGAACUCUAUGCGUGUGAAGUCUGGUACGGGACUAAUCUAAUGUGGUAGGUCUCAGUGGGAUAAGUGGAUAAUGUAGGUAGUUGAUGACAUUUGAGCCGCCUUAUUUUUUAUUUUUUUUUUCAUGGUCCUUUCAAAGAUUGGUCUUCGACGCACCAUGUAAACAACACUAGAAGGCUAGCAGAAAUUGCAUCUAUUAUGCGCAUCCUAGGUUCAGGUGGGCCUUGACAAGGAAAAACCCAAGCCUAGGGACGAAGUAGGAUAGCAAGUUUAAUAAUAUUCCUGGAGCCUCAGUCGACACACACCGCUUAAGUUUGAUAGUGUUGCAUAGGGCAACGGUACCCUCGCCGGGGGGGGCUAAUCCUUGAGGUUCGGCAAAGCCACACGACAUCCACAUAUAAUAGGCUUGGGUUAGAGUGAUAUUAUUACCGGCCUGAAGCUGCUAGGUAGGUAGAUAAGCAUCGUCUCAAAAUAAGGUCCACUGUCGGGAAAACCGCUUCCCAUUUCGGCCACUACAUACCAACAUCUUGCCCUUUACGUGUCUACAUGCUGGUUGGAGAUGACUUGAUGAUAGCUACCUAGGUAUCAAAUUUCGCGCUGGCCAUGUACCCAGCAUCUUUCGAAACCCACGCUGAACAUUAGAUGCUCGAUAUUCCUUCCAUACAUCCGGUCGUACGGCUUGCAUACUUCACUUUCCGUCGUGGUGGAAGGCCCGUCACCAUCUAAGCGACCCAGGCAAAUUUCUAGAAUGGCUCGACAAUCGCUGACAUGUAUCAUCUAGGAACGCUUCGUAGAAAAUCUCCACCAAGGGGGGCUCUCCGAAGAUAGAUAGGUAGAUAUGCAAGUUCCUAUUAAGGUCGACGAAGGAAGAGGGGGAUGAUUAACAAGUGGGAACUUUAUAGGAGCUGUAUAUUACCUAUCAUUUCUAUACCUACAUAUCAUUUCCGUUCAACUUUGAUACUACCAAAUCGGGCAAAUUAUGCGUACUGAGAAGCCUCGAAAAUGGCAAAUGAUGAAUCUGCGGUGAGCUAAGGAGUAGUUUACAUCAUUUCCCCUUCGCCUUUUCACUCCUAGUCUUUGGCUGAUCCUUCUAUGCCGAGUCGACGCAUCGCCAGCCCCUUAUUUUCCAAGGGUUGGGCUCAACUGCUUAUGUGCGGUAUGCAGGUACCUACACGCACGGGGGAUAAAUCAAAUCAGAUUAGUUAUUCGUUGGUAUGGCUUUUGCUAUCAGCGAAUAUAGCAAGAAAAGGGGAAGUCUAUAGGCAUUAUGAGUCUUCCCCUCGUUUAGGCUGGCAAUGUAGCUCUAUGUUAUGAGGUGCUUCCCUCAAACAUGACGAAAAUGGCAUCAAUAACGUAAGAGGUCACUGAAGGCGUCGACUAGGAGGUAGACUGAUGGUUGACGAAUUCUACUACUUAUCUGCCAGUUUUAUACUUACGCCGAUAAACACAAAAUAAAAACUAUUUUAUUUAAAAGCAUUGAUAGCCUCGUUAAAGCAGUUUUGCGGCAUU